AUGUCUAAGGAACACAUCAUUAAGCCUGAAUCUACUGGACCCUCCGCUGAUACCAGCGAAUGGCCAUUGUUGUUGAAGAACUAUGACAAGCUAUUGGUCAGAAGUGGUCAUUACACUCCUAUUCCUGUCGGUAGCUCUCCUCUAAAGAGAGAUUUGAAGUCUUAUGUGAGUUCUGGUGUUAUCAAUUUGGAUAAACCAUCCAAUCCAUCUUCUCACGAAGUUGUUGCUUGGAUCAAGCGUAUACUACGUUGCGAGAAGACCGGUCACUCUGGUACUCUGGAUCCAAAAGUAACUGGUUGUUUGAUUGUCUGUAUCGAUAGAGCUACCAGAUUGGUUAAAUCCCAACAAGGUGCGGGAAAAGAAUAUGUCUGUAUUGUAAGAUUACAUGAUGCUUUGAAAGAUGAAAAGGAUUUGGGUCGUUCUCUAGAGAAUUUAACCGGUGCUUUGUUCCAAAGACCACCUUUAAUCUCCGCUGUGAAACGUCAAUUGCGUGUGCGUACCAUUUACGAUUCCAACUUGAUCGAAUUUGACAAUAAGAGAAAUCUUGGUGUUUUCUGGGCUUCUUGUGAAGCUGGUACUUAUAUGCGUACUCUUUGUGUUCACUUGGGUAUGCUAUUGGGUGUCGGUGGUCAUAUGCAAGAAUUGCGUCGUGUUAGAUCUGGUGCUCUAUCAGAGAAUGACGACAUGGUCACUCUACAUGACGUCUUGGAUGCACAAUGGGUUUACGACAACACCAGAGAUGAAUCCUAUCUGAGAAGGAUUAUUAAACCUUUGGAGACUCUGCUUGUUGGUUACAAGAGAAUAGUGGUCAAGGAUUCCGCUGUCAAUGCUGUAUGUUACGGUGCUAAAUUGAUGAUUCCAGGUUUGCUACGUUAUGAGGACGGAAUUGAGCUAUAUGAUGAAGUUGUUUUGAUCACCACCAAGGGUGAAGCCAUCGCAGUUGCCAUUGCUCAAAUGUCUACUGUCGAUUUGGCUACUUGCGAUCACGGUGUUGUCGCUCAGGUCAAAAGAUGUAUAAUGGAGAGAGAUCUAUACCCAAGAAGAUGGGGGUUGGGUCCAAUUGCUCAAAAGAAGAAACAAAUGAAAGCUGAUGGUAAGCUAGACAAAUUCGGUCGUGUAAACGAAAGCACACCAGAAGAAUGGAAGAAGAACUACGUUCCUCUAGAUAAUGCCGAAGCUCCAGCUGCUGCCAAGAAAUCCGAACCUGAAUCUACUCCUUUGAUUGAAGAGGUUGAGAAAGUUGAAGUGGAAGUUGUAGAGGAUAAGGCUGAGGAUAAGGGUGAAGAGAAGAAGGAGAAGAAGGAGAAGAAGGAGAAGAAAGAAAAGAAGGAGAAGAAGGAAAAGAAGGAGAAGAAAGAGAAGAAAGAAAAGAAGAGGAAGUCUGAAGGUGCUCAAGAUGAGCCUGAAAAGAAGAAGAAAAAGUCAAAGGCUUAA